GGGGGUCCCAGUGAGGAGAUGCUGCUGAGAGGAUCCCAGCAAGGGGGCUCGCAGCAAGAGGGUCCCAGUAAGGGGAUACCGGCGAGGGGGAUCCCAGUGGGGGGAUCCCAGUGAAGGGAUCCCGGUGAGGGGGAUCCCCCGGCCCAGCCCCGCUCCCGGGGGACGCGGCUCUGCCUUCCCGGAACGUCCCGGGGGGGCCGUGGCCCACCCCGCCGCCGGGGCUGCCCCGCUCCGCCCCGCCCGCCCCUCCCGCCCGUUAAAAGGCGGCGGCGGCAGCGGCAGAGCCGGUGGGGACCCGCUGUCGCCUCCCGCUGUCGCGGUGUCGCCGUGUCGCGGUGCCCGGGCCAUGCACCGCGCGCUCCUGGCGCUCCUGGUCGCCGCUGUCGCCGCCGCCGGGGCCUCCCCCGGCCCCGCGUGUCCCGUAACGGCACCGGGAGAAGCCGGGACGCGGUCCCGCGUGGGGCUGGCCCCGAGGAGAGCCAAGCGCUUCACCUCGGUGCCGCGGUACGUGGAGAUGCUGGUGGUGGCGGACGAGUCGAUGGCCCAGUUCCACGGCGCGGGUCUCCGGCACUACCUGCUGACGGUGCUGGCAGCAGCCGCCCGGUCCUUCCGGCACGGGAGCCUGGGCAACGCGGUGGAGCUGCGGGUGACGCGGCUGGUGGUGCUGGGCCAGGGCACCCCUGGGCCCCCCACCACCUCCAAUGCCGCCCAGAUGCUCCGCAACUUCUGCCAGUGGCAGAAGGAGCUCAACGUCCCUGAUGAGGACAGUCCCCUCCAUUUCGACACUGCCAUCCUCUUCACCCGGCAGGACCUGUGCGGUGCGGCCACCUGCGACACGCUUGGCAUGGCUGAUGUGGGCACCGUCUGCGACCCGGAGCGGAGCUGCGCCAUCGUGGAGGAUGACGGGCUGCAGUCGGCGUUCACGGCCGCCCACGAACUGGGCCACGUCUUCAACAUGCUGCACGACAACUCCCAGCCCUGCCGGGAGCUGAACAGCCGCUCUGGAGCCACCCGCCGCGUGAUGGCUCCCGUCCUCUCCUCGCUGGAGCCUGGUGAGAUGUGGUCCCCAUGCAGCACCCGCUUCAUCACUGACUUCUUGGACAACGGCCACGGUCACUGCCUCCUGGACAAGCCUCCAGAGUGGCUGCAGUUUCCCUCGGCGCUGCCGGGCAGCGUCUACCCAGUGCUGCGGCAAUGCCAGCUCGCCUUUGGGCCCAACUCGCGGCACUGCGGCGACCUGCAGCCGCCCUGCGCUUCGCUGUGGUGCACCGGCCAGGCCGGCGGCCGCUCCGUCUGCCAGACAAAGCACUUCCCGUGGGCCGACGGCACGCCGUGCGCGCCGGGCAGAGCCUGCAUGGACGGGCUCUGCGUCAGCGCCGGCCGCAUGCAGGAGCUCACCACGCCCGUGGAUGGAGGCUGGGGGCCGUGGGGGCCGUGGGGCGGGUGCUCGCGGACCUGUGGCGGCGGUGUCCAGCUCUCCCGCCGCGACUGCACCGCGCCGGCGCCUCGCCACGGCGGCCGGUACUGCGAGGGAAAGCGCACCCGCUUCCAGUCCUGCAACGUGGAGGAGUGUCUGGGGAGCACCCCCCUCACCUUCCGGGAGGAGCAAUGCGCUGCCUACAACCAUCGCCCCGACCUCGCCAAGGGGCUGCCAGCCCCCCUGGACUGGGUGCCACGCUACAGCGGCGUCCCCGAGCGGGACCAGUGCAAGCUGACCUGCCAGUCCCAAACCCUGGGCUACUACCACGUGCUGCAGCCGAGGGUAACCGACGGGACGCCCUGCUCCCCCGAGAGCACGGGGGUGUGCGUGCAGGGCCGCUGCAUCCCCGCUGGCUGCGACCGCAUCAUCGGCUCCAAGAAGAAGUUCGAUAAAUGCAUGGUGUGUGGCGGCAACGGCUCCGGCUGCACCAAGGUGUAUGGCUCCUUCACGAAAUCCCGCUACGGCUACAACGACGUGGUGACCAUCCCGGCGGGCGCCACGCACCUCCUGGUCCGGCAGACCUCGGCGGCGGGAGGCGAGGACGCGUUCCUGGCGCUGCGGCGGGCGGCCGGCGGCUCCCUGCUCAACGGGGGCUACGUCCUGGUGCCUUCCCCGACCGACGUGGUGCUGGCGGGCGGCGCGACCCUGCGCUACAGCGGGGCCACGGCAGCCACCGAGACACUGGUGGGCCGGGGGCCGCUGCGCGAGGCCCUGGUGCUGCAGGCGCUGGUGGUGGACGAGCGGCGGCCGCCGCGCUUGAAGUACAGCUUCUUCGUGCCCCGGGCGCGGAGUCGCGCACCCACAGCCUGGGAGAAGCAGAAAGCCGAGAUCCUGGAGAUCCUCAGGAGCCGCCGGCGUGACAAGUAGCGGCACGAACGCAGCCGGGACGCGGCUCUGCCCAGGAGCGGCACCUAUUUAUUUGGUUAUUUAUUGCGCGCCGGGAAGAGGGGCACCGUCCAUGGGAUGGGCCCCGGCGCCAGUAACCGCAUCUACCUCAGCCCCGCCAUGGGCAGAGCGGGGGGACCCCCUGGGCAGGUCCCAGGGCCCCCCCCGGCGCAGCCACCCUGCUGUAAUUUAUCGUGGCACCGUUAUUUAAAGCUAUUUAUGGAUUCGGCCA